CUCACCAGGUUAAUUUGGCCCAGCAUCGUGGAAACAGUUGCCAGAAGCCUGUGCUGAAGGGUUGUCACCCCUGCCACCAUCUCUGUGUUCUACAGAAGCUCUCUAAGAACCAUGCUGCUGUUUCCAUUGUUCCCCAUACUUCUCCUGUGUGUGGUAAAAGCAAAGCCCUCAGAAAUAAAAGCCUGUGAAGAAAGCCAGAAGGCCUGUUCCGUGAUCACCUGUGGCAUCCCCGUCACUAAUGGCACCCCAGGCCGGGAUGGCCGAGACGGACCCAAGGGGGAGAAGGGAGACCCAGGUCAAGGGCUCAGAGGCUUGCAGGGGCCUCCCGGGAAGCUUGGGCCUCCAGGGAAAACAGGGAAUCCUGGACUUACAGGAAUCAAAGGCCAAAAAGGAGAAAGUGGAGACAUUUCCGUUGUCAAUAGUAAGCUGGCUAACUUAGAAAGAGAAAUAAGAAACUUGAAAUCAGAACUGGACCACAUCAAAAAGUUGCAAGACUUCUCUUUGGGCAAAAAGUCUGGGAAAAAGUUCUACGUGACGAAUGGUGAAAAGACAAUUUUUGCCAAGGUGAAGAAUCUAUGCACAGAGCUUGGGGCCACUGUGGCCACCCCCAGGAAUGCUGAGGAGAACAAAGCUAUCCAAGAGGUGGCCAAUGACAAUGUCUUUCUGGGCAUCACGGAUGAGGUGACUGAAGGCCAGUUCAUGUACGUGACAGGAGGGCAGCUGGCCUAUAGCAACUGGAAGAAAGAUGAGCCUAAUGACCACGGCACGGGGGAGGACUGUGUCCUUAUGCUGAGGGACGGGCUCUGGAAUGACAUCUCCUGCACCAAUGCCUACCUGGCAGUCUGCGAGUUCUCAGCCUGAAGCUGCUCUGGACUCUGUCCUUGGUCCUUGGCCCUUAGUCUCCUUCCUGGCUUUUGAUGGGCUUGCUGAUGCUUCAGAAGAGAAUUUGGUACUACUUUUCCCCUUGCCCAGUGUUCAGCUAUUCCUCUGUGGAGAGUAUGGAGGGGACAUAUUUAUCCUAGGGAUGAAGAAGUGAAGAGAAGCUGAUAAUGGGGUGCAGGCAUCUGGUCAGCCCGGGGGAAAGCCACACUGCUUUUGCUAGAAGCACAGUCCUGAGCCAAGGAAAAACACCUUGUAGUUAAUAAGUGCUUGAUGAAUAUUUGUUGAAUGGAUAUGUUAAAAAAAUUACAAAUGGAUGAACUGAUUGGCCCCUGAAAAGUGAGUGUGAGUGGUGUUUUUUCCAGCCAGCUGGUCUCCUGCUGCAGGACUAUUCAGGAAGGGGUGGGGCCUGGGUGGUGGGACGUGUAUAAGCAUUGGACCAUCAGGGAGGAGGUGGCAGAGCUUGAGCUCUAGACCUCUAGCACACCGAGACUGUCACAUGGCUGCGUUUUCAGUCCCACGAGGCUCUUGUCAAGGUGCUAUACUUGGGUACUAGGAGCAGAGUGUUUUUGUGAUGAACGAGUCUCUUCUUCCCGUUCAGAUCUGUUUGCCAAAGUUGUGGGAAACGGCUUAAAAUUUAGAAGCACCAAUGAAACCAUGAAUUAAAGCAAAUAGAAAAAGAUAGGCUAGAAACUCAGAAAAAAGAUGAUUCAGAUGACCAAAGAUAACCAAAGAUGACCCAAAACAGGAGUUACUGUGACCAAGCAGAAGACUUCCAUCUAAAUUUUCUUACAGCCAAGACAAAGAAGAGGGAACUGACUGGUCGCUCUGACACUUUGUUUUAUGAAAGGCAGACCUUCCCUGGGAUAAAUGUCUCCCUUCUAAUACUAUGUCUGUAGCUGUAAAAUAGCACAAGACCCAGGGUGGACCAGAGCUUCUUUGCCAGCAUUAAAGAAUGGGAGAUGCAGACUUGCAAGGCCAACUCAAGUGUUCCAUCCUCCCCCAGGUGGCUUCUGUUUGUUCCUUCUGCCACCUACCCACCAUCCCAUUUCUUCAUUACCAGCCUUACACCCUUGCAUGGCAGCUCUCCAUGCCACCCAGGCAAUGUCCUCUCUGGCUCAUAACCUCACCCCACGCCCUACCCCUCGGAGAUGCCUUGCUGAUUCCUUCUUCUUGCUUGUCCAGGGCAUGAAGACUUCUCCAUAAGCUCAAGCAUGAAUAGGACUUGUUCUCAGCACCUGACAUUCCUGCAACAACUCCUCUCUCUAAAUGUCACCCACAGCCACUAUUCUGACUUCAGUCUAGGAUUGAGACAAACUACCUACCCAGCUUCACUUUCUGAUUCUGCCAUUUAGCCUGGGAGAAAUGGAGUUAAUUGUAAAAUAAAGGAUUCCUUUUAAGCCUAUGUACAAAAGAAGAAACUGAAGUCAUAACUCUGAGCAUCCUGUGAAGGAAGCUGGUGGUCAGAAGUUUGUAGCUGGGGGUCUAGCCCUUGACCAUGCCUUUGGAGAAGAAGGCCUGGGUAGGAUCUCUGUACCACAUUAGGGCUGAAGGACAGAGAGCCAGGGGGCUGGGCGGUUCAGAGUUUCAAAGCAGGAGACUGCAGGUGGAGGUUGCCUCCCUGUGCACCAAGUGCUUUCCUAACUUUCCCUGUUUGUACCUCAGUCUUCAUUGAGGCUUCACUCUGAAAGCUGUAUGAAUCAAUGACUGCACGUGAAGACCGACUGUGGACCCACUGCAGAAGCAUAACUGCAUAAUUUGAAGACGAGCUUCAAUUUUUAUUGCCUGUCAGUAGUGUGCAAGCUAAUUGUGGGCUAAGUAUGUAUCAGCCAUUUGUGAACCCUAUAGAAAGCCAGGCUGGGGAAGUUGGAAGGGCAAGUUAUAGAGUUGGGGACUUUGGUUUAAGUUAGUGUGUGAAUCAGUGAAUCAAGGUUCUCCUAUGGACAUAGCCAAGGUGCCUGUCACUCAUCUUGUGUCACACAGCAGAAAUAUCUACCAAAUCUUGAUCCUGGAAUCCCAGAGCUUUA